AUGGGCCCAACCCUCCAGCCAUGUCCUCCCUGGCUGGUGCCGCCUGGCCUGCCAGGCCCAGCCACUCCGACACCUCACUGCCACUGGCCUCUCCGACAACCUCCACCGGCCCGCCUCGACACUGGCCGCCCUGGCCUCUCCGACACUGGCCACUCUGCUACCGGCACUCCGACACGGGCCGCUCUGCCUCGGUCACCGCCACUUUCCUCUGCGACACUGGCCUCUCUGCCACAGGGCGCUCGGGUAUUGGCCCGCCACUGGCCUCCUCGACACAGGCCUCUCCGACACUGGCCUGUGGCCACUGCCACCGGCCGCUCUGCUACCGGCCGCUCUGCUGGCCUCCGACACGCCUCUCCGACAACCUCACUGCCUAACCUAGGCAGCUCCGACACUACCCUCUGCCGAGUCUCAUCGCCUUCAACACUGCCUUCUCCGACUCUGUCCUCGCCAAUGUAG